AGGAUUGUGGCUUCCCUCUGGGGCAGCCGCUCAGGCCAUGGCCCUGUGGCUGGCAACUGGUGCUUAGCAACCCUGACCACCUGCCUGCUGAGGAGCCAAAGCCCCCAGCCAGGACCCUGUGCCCCCAACUGGCAUCACGUGCAUGGAAUAGUGCUGUGCCCAGUGCCAGCAGGCCGGGCUCACCAUGGUGCCGGGUGCCAUCCUGGCACGAGGGAGGGACGUUUGUAAGCGGAACGGACUGCUCAUCCUGUCCGUGCUAUCUGUCACCGUGGGCUGCCUCCUUGGCUUCUUCCUGAGGACCCAGCACCUCUCACCACAGGAAAUUAGUUACUUCCAGUUUCCUGGAGAGCUCUUGAUGAGGAUGUUGAAGAUGCUGAUCCUACCGCUGGUGGUCUCCAGCUUGAUAUCCGGCCUUGCCUCUCUGGACGCCAAGACCUCCAGCCGCCUGGGCAUCCUCACUGUGGCAUACUACCUGUGGACCACCUUCGUGGCAGUCAUCGUGGGCAUCAUCAUGGUCUCCAUCAUCCACCCGGGCGGGGCGGCCCAGAAGGAGGAGACGGAGCAGAGUGGGAAGCCCAUCAUGAGCUCAGCCGACGCCCUGCUGGACCUCAUCCGGAACAUGUUCCCAGCCAACCUGGUAGAAGCCACAUUCAAACAGUACCGCACCAAGACCACACCCAUUGUCAAGUCCCCCAAAGUGGCAUUGGAGGAGGCCCCUUCUCGGCGGAUCUUCAUCUAUGGGGUCCAGGAAGAGAAUGGCUCUCACGUUCAGAACUUCACCCUGGACCUGACCCCGCCACCUGAGGUCAUUUACAAGUCAGAGCCUGGCACCAGUGAUGGCAUGAACGUGCUGGGCAUCGUCAUGUUCUCUGCCACCAUGGGCAUCAUGCUGGGCCGCAUGGGGGACAGUGGGGCCCCCCUGGUAAGCUUCUGCCAGUGCCUCAAUGAGUCCGUCAUGAAGAUAGUGGCAGUGGCUGUGUGGUACUUCCCCUUCGGUAUUGUAUUCCUCAUUGCUGGCAAGAUCCUGGAGAUGGAUGACCCUACAGCCGUGGGAAAGAAGCUGGGCUUCUACGCAGUCACUGUAGUGUGUGGGUUGGUGGUCCAUGGCCUCUUCAUCCUGCCCCUGCUCUACUUCCUCAUCACCAAAAAGAACCCUGUGGUCUUCAUCCGUGGCAUCCUUCAGGCCCUGCUCAUCGCACUGGCCACCUCCUCCAGCUCAGCCACACUGCCCAUCACCUUCAAGUGCCUGCUAGAGAACAACCGCAUCGACCGGCGCAUCGCCCGCUUCGUGCUGCCCGUGGGCGCCACCAUCAACAUGGACGGCACCGCGCUCUACGAGGCUGUGGCUGCCAUCUUCAUCGCCCAGGUCAACAACUACGAGCUGGACUUCGGCCAGAUCAUCACCAUCAGCAUCACAGCCACCGCGGCCAGCAUCGGGGCAGCGGGCAUCCCCCAGGCCGGGCUUGUCACCAUGGUCAUCGUGCUCACCUCCGUGGGACUGCCCACUGACGACAUCACCCUCAUCGUUGCUGUCGACUGGGCUCUGGACCGCUUCCGCACCAUGAUUAACGUGCUGGGUGAUGCGCUGGCCGCAGGGAUCAUGGCCCACAUCUGCCGGAAGGACUUUGCUCAAGACACGGGCACUGAGAAACUGCCGCCCUGUGAGACGAAGCCAGUGAGCCUCCAGGAGAUCGUGGCAGCCCAGCAAAAUGGCUGUGUGAAAAGCGUGGCUGAGGCCUCAGAGCUAACCCUGGGCCCCACAUGUCUCCACCAUGUCCCUGUCCAGGUGGAGCAGGACGAGGAGCCGGCUGCCACCGGCCUGGACCACUGCACCAUUGAAAUCAGCGAGCUUGAGACCAAUGUCUGAGCCUGCAGGGCUGCAGAGGCCAGGGGAGGACUCCAGGAUUGGGGCAAAGGGGAGGGCCUCAACUUACUACUUCCCUAAGCAGCCGUUAGGGGCCAGCCUCACAUGUUCUUCCCACCCUUGAGAG